GUAUUUUAACGUUGCGCUUUUCUUUUCUAUCCUAACAAUGAAACUGCAGUUGGCUGCUUCUUAAAACAUUAAUUUAUUGAGUGUAUUGAUGCUAAACGCAGUAGAGAUCUUCAUUCCUACUGGAAAGAGGUGUGAAAAGCUCCGCUGUAGUAACCAGGCUCCUGCAGUCAUGUUGGCCGUGCCGUGCGCGCUGAGAGUCGGUGUGCUGUGCGCGCUCUUGUGCGCGCUCAUGUGUGUGCCUGUGGAUGAGGAUCUGGAUCCGGUGCGUCCGGAGUCUGCGGUGCUGAAGCCGCGGGUGAUGAUCGCGGUGUUGGCUCGGAACUCUGCUCACAGCCUGCCGCACUUCUUGGGCUGCAUCGACCGCCUGGAGUACCCCAAAGAGCGCAUGGCCAUAUGGGCAGCAACAGAUCACAACUUGGACAACACCACAGCCAUGCUGAAAGAGUGGAUGAAAUCAGCUCAGAGACGAUAUCACUAUGUGGAGUGGAGACCAAUGGAACAGCCGCACUCUUACACAGACGAGUGGGGGCCCAAGCACUGGCCCCUGUCCCGAUUCAACCACCUGCUGAAGCUCCGACAGGCCGCUCUGGAGGCAGCACGCCACCGAUGGGCCGACUACAUCUUGGUGAGGAAACUGCAUCCUGAAAAUAUCAGAAAAACUGAAGAACCACUGAGCAAGUUACUGUGUGUGUCAUUCAGGAAAGGGCUGAAGGACCGGAGGGAGCGGAUGUUGAGCUCUCUUGCUGCUCUGGGUGUGGAGGUCACUAUCACUAAUGCUGUGGAUGGCAAGGCUCUGAACUCAUCUCAGCUGCAGGCAUUAGGGAUUGAGAUGAUGCCAGAUUAUAAAGAUCCGUAUUCAGGCAGGGUUCUGACAAGAGGAGAGAUCGGCUGCUUCCUCAGCCACCACUCUAUAUGGAUGCAGAUGGUGCAGCGGGGUCUGCAGCGUGUGUUAGUUCUGGAGGAUGAUGUAAGAUUAGAGCCCAGGUUUAAGAGGAGGAUGCAAACUAUAAUGGAGGAUGUGGAGAAGGUUCAGCUGGACUGGGACCUCAUCUAUGUGGGCCGUAAGCGGAUGCAGGUGGCACAGCCUGAGCUCUCUGUGGAUGGAGUGAAUAACCUGGUGGAGGCUGAUUACUCGUACUGGACACUGGCGUAUGCUCUCUCUCUGAACGGAGCCAACAAACUGCUCGCAGCUCAACCCUUCAGCCGCAUGCUGCCUGUGGACGAGUUCCUGCCCAUCAUGUUUAACAAACACCCAAACACAGCCUACAUGUCCCACUUUGAGCCGAGGGAUCUGCGAGCGUUCUCCGUGGAGCCGUUGCUGGUUUACCCGACGCACUACACGGGCGAGCCGGGUUACUUCAGUGACACCGAAACAUCCACCAUAUGGGACGACGAGGCCGUCAGUACAGACUGGGACCGAUCCCAAGCUCAGAAAACUGCCCAGCAGGGCAACAUUCGCCCCAUCGCCCAGAACAGCGUGACUGGAGAAACACCACCCCCUGCUGCCCGAGCAUCACGAGACGAACUGUGAAAAGAUUUUAGCGAUAAACAGAAUGUACACCGAAUCGUGUACAGAAGUAAAAGUCAAGAACUAGACUUUAGAGUUUAAAGAUGUUUUAACGCUCAUCUAAAGUUCUUCAUCAGCUCAAUAGAGUAGAAUUAAACUGCAUUUUUAGUGCAAACUGCCCCAAAGCAGCUCCACUAACAUCACAGGUAGAAGAAGGAGGAAAACCUGCAAGGAACCCAAGAUUAACAAGGUGCAGAAUAUUAUUUAUUUGUCAUCAUUUUUUUUUAAGGAUUGGCAACUUCUCUGGUGUGUAAAUGGAUGGAGAAGCUUCUUUUAGUCACCAGGAUCAUGACAGAAACUUUCUAGACAUUUCUAGACCUUAGGAACUUUUAAGCUUCAGGAUUGGAACAGGAGCUUGAAGGCUUCAAGAGUGGAUCAGGAUUAGGUAGAAUCUUAGGACUGGUGCAGAAGUUUGUAAAGAUUUGGUUUGGAGUAGAUGCUUGUAGGAGUCAGGGUUUAAAGCAGGAGAGCUGCUUGGAGAAGGAUCUGGUAGACUUUAAGUAUACAGAAGCUUACAGAUCAUAAGAAACUUGUAGGCCUCUGGUCUGGAGCAGGAUCUUCUUGUAUUCAUGAAUGGAGCAGGAUCUGGUAGACUCUAAGUGUUGGUCGCAUGUAGACCACAUAACUAGAACUGAAGAUGGUAGCACUCAGGGCUGGAGCGGAAUCCUAUAAACCUCAGGAACGGAGCAGGAGCCUGAAGGUCUCAAGAUGGGAGCAUGAGCUUAUAGACCCUGAAAAUGUUGCAGAAGCUUGAAGCAAUACAACACCUUCAUAAUCUUGUAAUAAACUAAAGUGUGUUUGGAGUUAGGAACCAAAGAAGGGCCAUCAUAGCAUUUCUUCAGACUAGAUCACAUUUUCUAGAUUCCCAGAUGUUCUGGCCAGAGGAUCAUCUGAUAAUCUGCUCAUUGGUCUGUUACAAUCAACAUUUUGCACCAUAUAUUACUGAUAAGAACAAAUUCUUGUAAACAUUCUUAUUUUGAACGUUAGUACUUGGGAAGUUUCCCACUGUUCCUUAUAACUGAUGAAGAACCACAGAUGAACGUUGAAACAUCUUCAUGUCUGGAUGGAGAGACUUACACACACUCACAAGCUCACACUACCACCGGAUCAUCACAUCACAAGCGUUACCCCUCAGCUGCCUUCCUCAUUCACUACUCGUUCAGCCAAAAGCAUUGCAGCAGGCUGAGAUGCUCAGACAUGAGGCUAACACCAGUGAUAGAAGAAGAAGCAGAGGGACAAAGACUCCUGUUUUAAGCCAUAUUUAUUUAUUUCCACAGACGGCGUGUCACUGGGAUUGUUUGUCUGCCUGUCCGUCCGUCUGUCUGUCUGUCCAUAGAUUUGUCCCUGGAGGACGUUGUGAGACACAUACAGUAUAAAGACAGACAGGCAAACAAUUAUAUGUACAGUACCAGGGUCUCACACACACACACAUACGCACACACACACACACACACACACACACACACACACACACACGUUUGACAGUAUGAACAAAAGUAAUCAAAAUAUUUGAUCUUUUUUUAUUUAACUGUAAAUAAAAACUGAUAAAGUCUAACAGGUGCUGAAUAAAAAAGAGAAUAUCUGCAUUAUUGUGUCUGAGUGUGUGUGUGUGUGUGUGUGUGUGUGUGUGUGUGUGUGUGUGUGUGUGUGUGUGUGUGUGUGUUUAUUACAUUUUUGUAUAGCUCUAUCAAAACCUAAACUCAGUCCCUGUUCAAGUCCAGAACAAAACAUUGACAUGAAUGAUUUUAAAGAGCAUUUUGUCCACCAGAUGGUGCUCUAACCAAUAGCCACAGACUCUGUGGCUAGUGUUCAAGAUCGCAAUCCAUGGACAUAUUUA